GUGGUUUGAGUGAAAGACAAUGUGGGGGCGGGGUCCAGCCCGCCCGCCGGUUUAGACGUCGCGACACACCUGUGUUGCAUUAAUCAAUUGGUAACGGGAAUAUAAUGGGUUUACUUGUGUAAAAACGGGAGGUCAGGGACAGGAGAUACUGCUGAGCUCCAAGCCGAGGGCUUCCGUGCCAGGACGUGGGUGGUAGAUGCAUGCUUGGAUCUUUUACACGGCGGUAAACUGCUUCAGCGUAAUUUGAUGUUGGAUGCCCCAAAUCUGCUCUGACAAGGAUCUAUGGUCUGCGGUCCCCUGCUGUCUCUUUAAGGCGCCAAGUCUCUGUGAAGGGUGCGAUGACUGAGAAUGCUCACAAACCCCCCAAGUUGCAGAGGGUCUGUGAUGCUCUCCAGGGAGGGACCCUGUCGGUGGGGAGCGUGGCCGCCUCUUCACCCCCCACGCUCUCCCGCCGCCCCGCGCCGGCCCAGCCUCCUCCCCUCCCUGCAGCCCCCAUGCUGCUCACUCAGCCGGCGGCGCAGCCAGAGUCUCCUCACACACCGCACACGCACGCACUCCCACUGCUGGAGGAGACGGGAAGUUUCAGCCCCACGCGCACCCCCACACCCACACCCGGAGAGCCCGAGCCUGGCCUGGACAUGAGCGCGCUGACAGAGCCGGCGACUAUCACCAGAUCCAUGGCCAAAAGGCACAAGAGCAUGCGGAAGAACUCCAGGAGGAUAUACUCUCCCUACCAGGAUCAGAACCAAGGUUAUUCAGAUGAUGAGGAUAAGGACGGUGACAGCAACGAUCCUGAAGAAGUGUUCCAGAACAUCCAGUAUCAAAAGGAACUCAUUGCCAACAUUCGAACCCGACCCUGGCCCAUGAGACGGAAGCUGAAAGCCCUCAAGCAGGCCAGGGAGAUUGUGCUGAAGUACGAGGGCAGGCUCACCAGGACUAGAGGCUACCAAGCAGCCGGGGCCGAUCUGCUGAAAAAGCUCUCUCGUCUGCUCUAUAACAUUGUGGUUCUCUUCAUUCCGUGGGAAAUGAGAAUCAAGAAAAUUGAAAGUCACUUUGGGUCAGGUGUGGCCUCUUAUUUUAUCUUCCUGCGAUGGCUGUUUGGAAUCAAUAUUGUCCUAACGAUAAUGACUGGAGCUUUCAUUGUCCUGCCUGAGCUCCUGGUGGGCGCCCCGUUCGGAAGCAUCCGCAGCAAGACCAUUCCCAAGGAGCACCUCUCCUCCGCCCAGGACCUGGACACCAUCUGGUCUCUUGGGGGUUACCUCCAGUACUCAGUGCUGUUUUAUGGGUACUAUGGCAACGUGAGGAAGAUUGGGAGUGCUGGAUACAGGCUGCCUUUAGCAUACUUCAUGGUUGGGAUGGCGGUCUUUGCCUACAGUUUCAUCACUCUCUUAAGAAAAAUGGCUAGAAACUCUCGUCUGAGCCUGGCUAGUGCGUCCGAUGAGAACUUCACAUUCUGUUGGCGUAUAUUCUGUGCCUGGGACUACCUCAUAGGGAAUCUUGAAGCUGCUGAAAGCAAAACGGCUGCCAUUGUGAACAACAUCCGGGAGGCCAUUGUGGAGGAACAAGAGAAGAAGAAAGAUACAAGCCUGGCAGUUUUGAUCAGUCUGCGGCUACUGGCCAAUAUCUUGGUGCUGCUGUCUCUCGCUGGCAGUAUCUACAUCAUCUACUUUGUUGUCGAUCGCUCUCAGAAACUGGAACAGGAGAAGCCAGAGCUGACCCUUUGGGAGAAGAAUGAGGUGAGUGUGGUGGUCUCACUGAUCACUAUGAUUGCCCCGUCCGCCUUUGAGUUGGUGGCACAACUUGAGAUGUAUCACCCAAGGACCAGCCUCAGGUUCCAGCUAGGCAGGGUUUUGGUCCUUUAUCUGGGGAAUCUCUACAGUCUGAUCAUUGCUCUUCUGGAUAAAGUUAACAGCAUGAGCAUGAGCUCUGCAAACCAUGUAAGCGCGGCCAACUGGUCUGACUCUACCGCCUUUCUGGCCACCGUUUUGCAGCCCAACGAAGACAACCUGUCCACUAUAAUUCCCGAAAUUACAGAGCAGAAGAACAGCACCAUUGCAACUAUCUUGGAGAUCAACAGGACCAAAAGCACCACACCUGUUGUCCUAAAUCAUACCGCCCCCUACAAUAUGUUUAACAAAUACCAGCAAGACCCGUGCUGGGAGACAUACGUUGGCCAGGAAAUGCUGAAGCUCUCCAUCAUUGACAUGAUCUUCACAGUGGCAAGCAUCCUGUUAAUUGACUUUAUUCGUGGCCUUGUGGUGCGAUAUUUGAGUGACUGCUGUUGCUGGGAUUUAGAGAGUAAGUUUCCUGAAUAUGGAGAAUUCAAAAUAGCUGAAAAUGUGCUUCACCUGAUAUACAACCAAGGAAUGAUUUGGAUGGGGGCGUUCUUCUCGCCCUGCCUCCCGGCAUUCAACGUGCUCAAGCUGAUCGGGCUAAUGUACUUGCGGAGCUGGGCAGUGCUGACCUGUAAUGUUCCGCACCAGCAGGUCUUCAGGGCCUCCAGAUCAAAUAACUUCUACCUAGCCAUGCUGCUGUUUAUGCUGUUUCUCUGUAUGCUACCUACCAUCUUUGCAAUUGUCCGAUACAGACCAUCACAGCAUUGUGGACCUUUUAGUGGUCAGGAAAAGAUUUAUGACAUCAUCUCUGAUACCAUAGCCAACGACUUUCCCCUGUGGUUCAGUAAAGUGAUGAGUUACAUCACGAGCCCAGUGGUGGUUCUGCCCGCUCUGCUGCUGUUGUUCAUGCUAAUCUACUACCUGCAGGCCAUCGCAAGAUCCCUCAAAUACACCAACAAUCAACUGAGAAUGCAACUUCAGACAGAACGGACAGAGGACAAGAAGAAGGUCUUUCAGUUGGCAGCUGCUCGGCUGCAAGCCCCAGAGGGAGGUGAUCAGAAACCCGAGCAGGAGAGCGACAUCACCAGCAUGGAGUCCUCCAUCCGCUCCUCUUCUCCCCGCCGCAACGGCAGCGUCACCAACUUUGAGUCACCCGUGCGCCGUGGCAACAGCAUUCGCACUAUAACCCAGUCUGCGUCACGUGCUGACAUCAGAGCUGCCGGCCCAUCCCGGAGUCCUUCCGUGUCCGUCCGACAGAAGCACAGAUAUGAGCACAUACCAAACAGGCAUCCAGGGUAUCUAGGAGGAUCUAGUGGCUCCAGCCGUUCCAAGUCAUACCAGCAUGUGGCCUACAAACCCUCUGUACGCUACGCUGAGAACAUUCACUCCGAACCCCUGUACAGGAAGAGCGUCCGGCCCAUGCACCCAGAGGCCGCUGGAAUAGUGACGGCCCAAAGUUACGUGGGGCGGCGGGCCCACACCACCCGCUACGUCAUCGUGAACGAGCACGAGCCUCGGAAGAAGCUGAUGCGCUCCACCACACGCGUACCUCGCCACUAUCGCAUCGCAGACGACCCGGGGGAGAUUGUGGAACUCUACCCGAGGAACAUCAAGCGCUACACUGUUCGCACCCCGCACAGGUCCCACCAGCCCCAUCUGAGUGAGGAGGAGGAAGAGGAGGAGGAAGCUGGCAAGAGUGUCAGGAGGUCAGUCGGUCAAUCGCACCGUCCAAGGUCCCUGUCUGACCUCCACCAGCCUGUGCGCUUCUAUAUUGGAGACCCGGCGGGAAGUCAGCUGUCCAUGGCCAAAGACAUGGCCAGGGGGAUGUACUGCCCACACGAGGAAGACUGUGAGGAGGACUGGGAUGAGACGGGGUCACGCUUCCGCUCCCAUAGUAACAUAAAGGGCGCAGAGCCCUCCCACAGACACUGUGAGCCCCAAGUUAAGCCCAAGACCAAGCAUAAGGUCGAACCGUCACUCACCGAAUCAGAUUCGGCCUCACUGGCCUCCAGCAGUGACCAGCAGAAUAGCAGCACUGACCAGUACAUCCAGGUCAUUCACAACAAGGAGAAGUACCUCAGGUCCAGUGGCAAACUGGCCAAAAAGAAGUCCAAAGCAAGCAAUGAUAUGAAUUUGUCUGGCUCAAGUGAACUUGUCUGCUCAAAUGUGUAGUUUGUUUAUGAAUUGUGUUAUUAUCAGUGCUGUGACAAAUGGUGUUGUAAUGCACACAAAAAUGAAUAAAAUGGCAUUUGUGUUUGCAUGUUGCUUAUCAAAUUACUGUGCCUUAAAAAUAUGGAUAAAACACUGUUUGGUUGACUAAUAAAAAAGGCUGCGGAGAUACUGGCUUGAGUAGCUUACUGAUGUCUGAAAAAUGGGAAAUGUUUCACAAAACAUGCCCAGAUAGAGAUUC